CAGGUUUAGGUUUCCUCUAAGGCCGACUGUGCCCUUUACUAUUUGAGGGAUCUACCUGCUUAUCCCCUCUGACUGGAACAACUUAGAUGAGCUCAACCUGCUAAUAACUCACUAAACAACAAGAGCAAGGCCUGCAUCGACCCCUGUGUUUUUGAAAUACUGAACGCAUCCUCUAGUGACCUCUCUAUGCAGUGAGCCAUGGUGCUGCUGAAGAUGAAGUUCACUCAGCAGAGGCGGGUUCAUCUGGCCCAGGGUCUAUGGCUACUGUCCUGGCUGGCAGUGAUGUGCGGAGCCUUCGUAUUUUGUCUGGGGGUUUACCUUAAGACAGAGCUUCUCCGUAGGGAAGAGGUGAUGGACAACACAGAGAUCCAUGUGGUGCCCAACAUCCUGAUGAUGGUGGGCCUGGCCUCUGUUGGCACCAACUGGGUUGCCAGUCGUGUGUGUCAGGACUCCUUGGAAGGAAGCCGCUUCCCCCGUUGGAAGGUUCUCCUACUGGCGUGGUUUGUUGUAGCAGCACUGCUCUGUUGUCUGCUCAUUGCAGCCGUGGUACUCAGCUAUGCUCUGCAGGGACACCUGGAGGAGUCCCUGAAGGUGGGCCUGAGGAAUGGUAUUCGUUUCUACAAGGACACAGAUGUGCCGGGCCGCUGUUUUCAGAAAGAGACCAUCGAUCGUCUGCAGAUGGAGUUUCGCUGCUGUGGAAACAACAACUUCAGGGACUGGUUUGAGGUUCAGUGGGUCAGCAACAGAUACCUGGACUUCACCUCCAAGGAAGUCAAGGAUCGUAUCCGGAGUAACGUAGAUGGACGUUACUUGUUGGAUAGUGUUCCUUUCAGCUGCUGUAACCCGGCCUCCCCUCGCCCCUGCCUACAGAACCACCUGACAGAUAAUAGCGCCCACUACGACUAUGAGUAUCAAUCGGAGGAACUCAACCUGUACAACCGUGGCUGUAGGCAGGCUCUGAUCGACUACUACAUGGGUUUGAUGAAUUCAAUUGGUCCCGGUGUGCUGUCAGUCAUUUUAAUACAGAUGUCAGUGCUCCUGAGCCUGAGAUACUUGCAGACGGCCGUGGAAGGAGCAAUGGCUCUGGAGAACCCAGAGGAUGACAGUGAAGGUUAUCUCCUGGAGAAGGGUGUGAAAGAAACCUUUGAGGAAAUCAAAGCCAAUGUUCUCAGUAUGCUAAAGUUCAGGCAGGUUGACCCCACCUCCACUGAAGAGUCCCCUGAGGCCGCAAAUGCAAAGAAGGUUGCUGAUAACACCAAGGAGAAGGCUGGCUCCUCUACUCCUGCCAGCUAGAAAUAUGAGCUGAGGUGGAAGGGAUGGGGGGAAUGUGUCAGAGGUUUCUGGGGUGUGUGAGCUGGCUGGUGCAGUGUAGAACACCUGUUGGGAUUUGACACAUUAGGCUUGAUUUACACUUCACUAAUGAAGCAAAUUCAUAUCCCUCACA